AACAUUUAAAAAACAAAAAAAUAGAGUCCAAAAUUCAACUUCAAAGAAAGACAAUAAAGAAAUACGGUAAAGGAGCGUCCACCUUUGAAAAGUCAAAAUAAGUUCUCGUCAAAAUUUCUCAACUUGAACAUCUUCUCCUUUCUCAUUUUUGGUAUUAUGUAUCCCAAACCCAAACCCAAACCCAAACCCAAACUCAAAUCCCAUUGGAUUUGGAUUCAAUUUUUCAGAGAUGGAAAGCUUCUUCAAGAACGCUGUUUUUCUCUUCUGCUUUCUCUUUGUAGCGAAGGUUGCAGAGCUCCAAGAUGCCAAAGAUGAAUGCCAAACCAAAAAGUGCAACCACCAUACCAUCCGGUUCCCGUUCUGGCUAACGGGACAACAACCGGAACAUUGCGGCUAUCAUGGGUUUGAACUCUCCUGCGAAGACAAGCAGACUGUGCUCGAGUUGCCAUGGAAUGUAAAGUUGUUCGUGAAGCGUAUAGAUUACAAAGCAAAGAGGAUUCAGUUAUAUGAUCCUCAGGGUUGCCUUCCCCUGCAACUUCCCAAUCUCAAUUUAUCAGCAUCUCCCUUUCAGUACUUGAGACAAACUCCCUUCUCGUUCAAUUAUGCGGAGUCAAAGUACAAUCUUUUCAACUGUUCAAGGGAAGCAACUGUGGCCUGUGGGUAUUAAUUAUGAAUUUUACGAGAUUCCUUGCUUAAGCGUCCCAGGCUUCCAAGUUCUAGCUUUUCCUUCCAAUUAUACACAUGCUUUUAACUUGUUAGGUUGAAGGAGAACGUUACUCAACAUAUCGCAGAUAGCAGUAUACGAAGAAAUGUUGUAUUACCAGACAGGGGAUGUUCAUUUGAGUUGGUCCCAACUAGAUUGUAGUAAAUGUGAAGAAGUAGGCAGCAAAUGCAAGCUGAAGAAUAAUAAUAGGACACAGGAUGACACAGAGUGUUAUGGUACCACCAAGAAUCAAUGAGGUAUGCUUUU